AUGUCUACAUUCAUCACAAAAGCUGCAAGUCGCCCUUUCCGGGUAUGCGUUGUCGGGUCUGGCAACUGGGGAACAACAGUGGCAAAGAUUGUUUGCGAAAACACUCAGAUCUACACCGACCUGUUUGAGCCUAAAGUCAACAUGUGGGUUCAUGAGGAGGAAAUUGAUGGGCGUAAGCUGACGGAGAUUAUCAACACUGAACACGAAAAUGUCAAGUAUCUUCCCGGGAUCCGGCUCCCUGGGAACCUGCAUGCGGUGCCAAAUCUUUUGGAUGCUGUGCGGGACUCCAACAUCAUUGUCUUUAACAUUCCACACCAGUUUCUGCGGUCAGUUUGUGCACAGCUCAAGGGCUAUGUGCACCCCCAUACUCGAGCCAUUUCAUGUCUUAAGGGCCUUGAUGUGUCUGCCAACAAAAUCACGACGCUUCCAGCAUACAUUUCUGAGCAUCUGGGGAUCCAUUGCGGAGCACUUUCUGGCGCUAACCUGGCUCCUGAAAUUGCCCAGGAAAAGUUUUCAGAAACUACCGUGGCAUACCGGUACCCUAGCACGCAAGAGUGGAAGCCUGAGGACGAGUCACAAGACGUUACCAAAGAUGACUUGCGCAAAUUGUUCCACAGACCCUACUUUCACGUGAAUGUUAUAGACGAUAUAACUGGCGUUUGUCUUGCUGGUGCACUCAAGAACGUGGUUGCAAUUGCAGCUGGCUUUGUUGAUGGUCGUGGAUGGGGAGAAAACGCCAAAGCUGCCAUUAUGCGCCGCGGCCUACUGGAAAUGGUCCAAUUUGGCCAGACUUUUUUCAAAGGCGGCGAUCCACGCACAUAUACUGAGGAGUCUGCAGGUGUUGCUGAUCUCAUCACUUCGUGUGCCGGUGGCCGUAACCACCGUGUGGGCCGCGCAUAUGGCAAACUUACCAAGGAAGAUCCAACAAUUACAAAAACACUGCAAGAUCUAGAGCGCGAGCUACUCAAUGGGCAGUCUGCACAAGGUAUUUUGACAGCAGUUGAGGUUUACAAGUUUUUAAAGACUCAAGAUGCGCUCGAGCAAUUCCCUCUCAUGACUGCCACAUACCGCAUUGCGUUUGAAGGCGAAUCGAUUGAUGAGCUCCCCAAGAUUCUCGAGCAAGUUGAAAAGAAAAAGUAUAAGCUGUAG